AUGAGAUCAAUGUCAAUGAACUCGACGAUUGCUGACCGUCGGUCGUAUUUCCAGCCGGGUCAGUCAAGCUCUGGAGAAAAUCCGGCUCCAAUAGGACCAGAAACGGGCUUGAAAAGCCUGACUUCGAAUGACCCAAGUAUUUAUGCAAGAAGUCCGGAAAAUAGAAACACCAACGGGAUUCAGGCCCCAUAUCCUGUGGACAACGCCUCGUCAGUGGAAAAAGUGCACGACGCACCUCGAGCGGCGCACACAAAUGCAGACAUUCUGGAAAACCUGUUCCAACAGCAGAAAAGCCAUGCACCCUCCCUUGCAAGCGGAACCAGCGCAGGAGUUAGCAAUUCUCGAAUCUCGCAACAGUGGGUUCAUACCGCUACAAAACAGCAGGAUCCACGCUCGCCGCUUGUGGUGCUACUACCCACAUCGGCCAACCCCACGGAAGUUCUUGCCCAAAGGUUCGCAGCUUGGAGAUCUGUAAUCCGCUCCAUUCUAGUCUACAUCACAGAAACAGUAUCCAUUCAAGACGAAGUCGUUAGGCAGCAAUUGAGACUCUCCCAUGCAGUGAACUUUCCAUUUUUUUCCACAGAAAACCAUUUGCAACUUAACACACCAGAGGAAAAGGCCAUUCAGAGGUUUUUCCUGCCGUUCGGAAAUGGCUCCGUGCAGGACCUGCCAAAUAUAUUGUCUCAAUAUCACUCUCAAAUGGCAAAUUCAGCUUUGAAGUCAUCUAAGGAGCUGGCAAACGAUGUCAUUCCUAGGCUGGAAGAUUUGAGGGGAGACCUGCUCAUAAAAAUCAAGGAGAUCAGGGGCCUGAGCUCGGACUUCAAAAACGGAUGCAGCAAAGAGCUGCAACAAACCAAGAAUGAUCUCAGACAAUUUCAAGAAGCUGUAGAUGCAGCCAGGUACGGGUCUCCUAAACAUGAUCCUCAUCUGCUCAAAAUCGCGCUUGACAGACAAAUCAGGAAGCAAUUGAAUGAGGAGAACCUUUUGCAUGAAGCUUUUGAAAACCUUCAAGGGUCCGGACGAGAACUCGAAAAGGUUGUUGUGAUGGAAAUUCAAAAUGCCCUCACUGUUUACGCGCGGCUUAUGGGACAGAGUGCUCAACUUGCCUUUGAUGUCCUGAUAUCAAAACUGGAUACAGGGUUUUUCAACAAGGAGCCAGUUUUCGAGUGGGACAAUUUUAUUUCGAAAGAUCCCAACUUCAUACAACCCAAUCUUCCUAUUCGUCAUAUGAGGGACAUUGUCUACAAACAUCAAGACGACCCAUUAACUUAUGAAAUUAAAUCCGGGUUCCUGGAGAGACGCUCAAAAUUUUUGAAGUCAUAUUCCAAGGGGUUCUAUGUGCUGACACCCAGUUACCUGCAUGAAUUCAAAACUCCGGAUAGGAAAAAAGAUACAGUUCCAGUCAUGUCACUCCCGUUGAAUGAUUGCACUGUUGCUGAGCAUUCCAAGAAGGGUUCGUCUGGCUUCAAGUUCAUUUUACAUGCCAAACAAAAUGGCAUCAUUCAUCGGGGCCACAACUGCGUUUUCAGAGCAGAGUCCUACGAAUCAAUGAUGGCGUGGUUUGAAGAUCUCAAAAAGUUAACUUCAACGUCCAAUCCAGCUGAAAAGGCUAAAUUUGUCACCACCAGAUUGGAUUUGAAUUCUGAUCACAAAGUUUCCAGAAAGGCUUCAUCAACCAGACCUAAUGGCAGGGGUCCGCCAAAGCAGCAUUUGUCUACUCCACAGCAACAGCAAGGACAGAGCAGUUUUCCUACACCCAACUUAGACAAUCAAACAAACACCAAUACCUCUGUUUCAAUUCCGGAGACCGAGUACAAUCUACAUGAUGUUAACAUUGCUCAGCCAAGGAUGUCUCAGGGCAGCAGAAACCGUACAUAUGACGGGGAAAUUUACAUCGAAAAUGAACACGAACGCGGUCCACGUCCUACGGAUUCGAAACAUUAUUAA